AUGGCCAUAUGCGCGCCAGGCUUACUCCCCGUGAAGCCCUCCGUACCCCGACCAAGCUUCUCGUGCCCCUUCUGCGGCAAGCAACCAGCCGAGGCUCGCGCCAAGGUCGUUCUCCACCCAUGCCCUGAGUGCCCGAGGACCUUCGACAGCCUCCCGGGCAUGAGGAUUCAUGAGCGCAAAGCUCACCCUCAGGCAUUCUUCGCGUCGCUGACCAACGCGUCCGGAGACAGCGACACGGACGAAUCGCUGGCGUCCGAUAUGUCGAGUCGCUCGGCAUCGGCAGCCUUGGAGCCCAGCCUCUUGACCACCGGAGCCCCGGCCGCGCGUCUGUCUCCCCCUUCUCCGUACACGGGAGACUCAUCACCAGGGCUCGCUUAUGCUUCUCCCAUCGCAUCACCCACCAUUCUAGUGAGCCCGUGGGCACCUGUUGACACGUCACGGAUAGUGGCCUCGCCUCUAGCCGCACCCUCUCUACCCUGGCUCACGGCGUCGUUGCAAUCUCAGGACGCCCCUUCCAUCACCACGUCUUCGGAUAGAACAACCGACUUUGCCGCGGAGAACGAGGCUGUGUGGGACCUCGAUCCAUCAGAGCGCCCCUUCGAGCCUAGCCCCGCCGUCGCCCACCUUCCUGCCCAGCCGACCACUCACCAGGACGUGAGGAAUUGUCUCGCCCCUCUAUUCCGCGAGAUCGCGGACAAGAACAAUCCUAGAUGGGGCGAGCUCAUCGAAGACAUGCUGGGUUGCCUUUUCCCCCUAGACGAGCGUAAGCAUCCCAAAGCACCCAAGAAGCGAAGCGGCCCCCCUCCAUCCCAGCCCGGGAGAGCAGCCAACCGCCACCAUCGCAAAGCCGCAGAACUGAAAAAGAUCCGGGAGCUCUUCGGUCGCAACCCUAGGGGCCUAGUCGAUUCCAUCGCGGCUGGAGCUCCCCCAUCUGACGAGCAUCCCUCCGACGAGGUCAUGCGGGUACACGGAGCGAUGUUCGAGUCCCCCUCCCCUCCCGACCGCGAGCCCUUCACGUCGAAGGGGCCAUCUCCGUCGCUACCUUUCUCUCCGAUCACUCCUCAGAAACUCAAGGCGGCUAAACGAACUUGGAAGCUGUCAGCCCCGGGCUGUGACGGCGUCCUCGCUAUGAAGGUUCAGCGGUGCUGCGACGACGCCCUAGCCGUUCUCUUCAACCUCGUCCUGGCGUCGCGGUACCAGCCCCCUGAUUGGUCCCUCUUAAGAACUGUGCUGGUCCCUAAAACGGGGAAGGAUCGCAGGCUGGCCACCAGCUGGAGGCCCAUCACCAUCGGGUCCGCCGUCCAGCGGCUGUUCCACCGCGUCCUGAUCCCUAAGCUGGACGCUGCCGUCAGCCUGAAUCUUAACCAACAAGGGUUCGUCCCUGUCGACGGAUGUCUGGCCAACGUCAUCCCGCUGGACACGCUCAUGGGCGAGCGGACUAGUAGCCGCCGGGGUUUGGCAUUAGUUUGUAUCAGUCGCUGUUUAGUUACCAUCGAGAGCGGACGUGUCAGUCUCGCGUCCCCACUCCUGCCAAACAGAGAGCACAGGGGUUUACGCUCGGCCGGCAGACGGUGA